AACCAAACUUUUAUUUUUAAAGCUACAACAAAGGCAAACACUGGUUUAUUUUCAGGCUAAAAAUGGGUUGCAAGUCAUCUGAAAAUAAGCCAAAAGCUAAGCACAGGAAGGGCUUAUGGUCACCUGAAGAAGACUUAAAGCUCAGGAACUAUAUCCUCAAGCACGGCCAUGGUUGCUGGAGCUCUGUUCCCAUCAAUGCAGGAUUGCAGAGGAAUGGGAAGAGCUGCAGAUUAAGGUGGAUUAAUUACUUGCGACCGGGGUUAAAGCGCGGGUCGUUUACGCCGGAAGAAGAACAGACGAUCCUCACCCUUCAUCAUUUGUUAGGCAACAAAUGGUCCCAAAUUGCACAAAAUUUGCCUGGAAGAACAGAUAAUGAGAUCAAGAACUACUGGCAUUCGUAUCUGAAGAAGAGAGUUGCGAAAGCUGAAGAAAUCGAACCCCGGGCCACAAGGAGCCAAUGCACCUCCUCAAGCUCAGAAAACAAAGAAUCAACGUCGUCUCCUCGAAAUCUCUCGGACCAAAUGCCGAGCUACGACCCAUUCGGUCACGUCGAACAAUCCUUGGUACAUACUCAUCAAGUCGUUCCACAGAACUUCGAUUUCUCCAAAGAGUCUCAAGGAAACCCGAUUCCGCAGAAGAUUUUAUUCGCAGAGUGGCUAUCGCUCGAUCAAGACAGUGGGAGCUUCACGAAUUCAAGCAAGCCGGUAGCUUCAUACUUCCAGGAUCCUUUCGUACAUGCGUAUUUCAACGAUUUUCAUUAUGGACUAAGCAACGCAUCAUCAAUAAAGGAAAUGCUUAGCUCACAAUUCAAGUUCGAAACCCAAAUUUCGGGGAACGAAUUCGUUGUUUCUUUAUCUGGGGAUGAUAUAUGUAGUGAUUUCAAUAUGAACAACGAAUUAAUGUACAUAUAAAUAGCCUGGGAAGAAAGUUACUUUCUUUCAUUGCAUAGAGAUAUUAUACCCAGAAAUAGGCUAAAAAGAGUUUGAAAGCUCGAUUCAUUGUUAUUCUUCCAUGAAAUUGUUCUUGGUGUGCCCAUAGUUGUUUCAAAAGACAGAUUUCAACAGUGUAUUUUGAUAUUGCUUAUCUGUUAACAGCAAAA